AUGGAGACCUAUCGUCAUAAUAGUCUUGUUCACAAGCAGAUCAAACAAAUUUGUUCACAAGAAAUUGUUACAAUGAAUAUAAGUACUAUCUAUUCGAAUGACAAUCGUGAAGUCAUACCAACAAUGAAAAAGAAAGAAAAACAACACGAAUAUCGUCGUCGCCGUCGCCCUCGACGACCUCAAGACUACAUCGAGUACGGUCACACUCGUUUUGAAUGGAUUCAACUUAUCGCAACACUUACUGUUCCAAUUGCGAUAGGUAUAUUCACUAUUCUUAAUAGCUUUCAACAAAUGAAUCUAAGUAAAAGUCAAUUUAAUGUACAAUUACGUAUUGCUGCGGAGAAUCGAGAAAAAGAUCUACUCAUUGCAUCCGAAAAUCGUCAAAAAGAUUUGGACAUUGCAGCAGAAAAUCGUAAGAAAGAUCUGAAGAUAGCCGAACUCCAAAUACGUAUUGCGAAGGAUAAUCGUCUAAAAGACUUACGUAUUGCGGCUGAGAAUCGCAAAAAAGAUUUACGCAUUGCACUCGAAAAUCGUGGAAAAGAUCUGAAAAUAGCUGAACUUCAGACCCGUAUUGCAAAGGAUAACCGUCAGAAUGAUAUACGUAUUGCUAAUGAAACACGUUUAAAAGAUCUUCUCAUUGCAUCAGAAAAUCGUAGGAAAGAUAUUGAAAUUGCUGCAGAAAAUCGACGAAAAGAUUUGACGAUUGCCGAAGUGCAGGUUAAUAUUGCUGAAGAAAAUCGUGCUAAUGCAGUUCGCCUCGCAAAUGAAACACGUUCGAAUGACUUACUUAUUGCAUCGGAAAAUCGUCGAAAAGAUAUUGAAAUAGCCGAAGAAAAUCGUCGAAAAGACUUGAAGAUAGCUGAAGUUCAAAUCAACAUUGCCGAUCAAAAUCGUCAAAACGAUAUUCGCAUUUCUAAUCAAACACGUCAAAAUGAUCUUCUUAUUGCAUCAGAAAAUCGACGAAAAGAUAUUGAAAUUGCUGAAGAGAAUCGACGAAAAGAUUUCAAAAUAGCUGAACAAAAUCGUCAUAAAGAUCGAGAAGUUGCUGAAGAUCAACAGAAGCACAGUGUCGUUACUGAUUAUCAAACCUUUCUAAGUGAACUUAUUUUAAAAGAAGGUGUUCAUCUGAACAAUACAAAUUAUGAAGCAGCACGCUUCGUUGCACGUUUCAAAACAUUAAUUGCAUUUCGUCUGUUAGAUCCUAAACGUAAAACUCUCUUAUUUAAAUCAUUAUACGUCGGAAAACUGGCUGGUCGUCUCGAUGAAGAUAUGGCGAUUGAUUUAUCAUCAGCUGAUCUAAGUAACAUUGAUUUCGCUUCACCACGUGAUCAUAUUGCACUGACACCUCCAUCUUCACAUCCAUACUAUUCUGUGAACUUUAGUGAUACAAAUCUGAAGAAUGCAUCAUUUAAUUCUGUCUCAUUUUUCAACGUUAGUUUUGUUGAAGCAAUGAUGGAUGAUGUCAUCAUGUUGUCUACUCUUACAGCAUUGAUCUCAUUCAAAGGUGCAUCUCUCUUACGUGCCAAAUUUCUCUAUUCUCAUUACAUAAAUAUUAACUUCGCGACUGCCAAGUUAGAUGGUUCAUUCUUUGAACAGUUUGAAUGUGAUCAAUGUUCGUUCAAUUUCAGUUCGUUGAUGGGUAUUCGUAUACAGAAUUCGAAGUUUGUUAAUUCAACAUUUACUGAUACAAAAAUAGAUCAUUCUUUUAUCAUCGAAACUGAAUUCAGUAAUAAUGUUAAUAUGAGAAAUGUAUCACUGACAAACUCAAAAAUUCAUAACUGUACGUUUAUAGAUGUUGAUAUGAGACAAUGUGAAAUGCAUGGAAGUUCAUUACUCAAUUCAAAAUUUAUAAAAGUGAACUUCUACGAGUGCAAAGGAUUGACUAUUGAACAAUUAAAGCAGGCAGCCACCAUAUCUGAAUCAAUAUUACCGAAUGGAACAGUAUACUCAAGCAAUUAG